AUGGGUUCCCGGCGCUUAAUUAUCUCCUAUGUGUUGGAUUGGGUCAUUCUUAUACUAUUUGUUGCGAUUGCCGGAAGCUUCUCAGCAGUCAAUCCGUCCAAACGACCAUUCAGCCUCGCGGAUCCGUCAAUAUCCCUUCCCUAUAAGAAAGACACAAUUUCCAUUGCGCUUGCAGCAGUCGUGUGCGGUGUCAUCCCCGCCGGAAUCAUCGCAUUUGUAUGUUGCUCAAUAGCUGCUUGGAGGGCACGACGCGUGGAUGUUCAUCUGCGUGGCCAAGUUUUGCGGCGCGAGCUGUGGGAGUGGCUAACAGGCUGGCUGGGCCUGGGGUUGUCAUUUGUCGCGGCUUUUUUCUUUGCUCAGGCUGUCAAGAACCUGGUUGGCAAACCUCGACCAGACUUCCUGGCUCGAUGUAAUCCCGACUCGGCUAACGAAUCUGCCUAUGCUCUGGGGAAUUAUAACCCAGAAGGUCCGGUCCUCGUGGAUUGGCAAAUCUGUCAGACCAAGAAUGGCGGUGGUGUUGGAAUUUCGGAAUUCAAUGAUGGCUUUCGCAGUUUUCCCAGCGGUCACACCUGCAUUGCCUUCGCGGGUCUUGUUUACCUAAGUCUUUGGUUGGCAAUGAAAUUCUCGGUUGGAAUUCCUAUCCUCUAUUCAGAUAGGACAGCCCAGGUUCCCAAAGAUGCUUCAUUUCAGCGUGGCGACAUACAUGACGAAGCAUCUUCACUGCGACGACAGAAUGCCGCCCCUCCCCUUUACCUAGUUGCCAUCAUCCUCGUCCCAUUUGCCGUUGCCAUCUACAUUGCUACAACACGAUACCAAGAUGGCAAACAUCACGGGUUUGACGUGGUCUUCAGUUCGAUCAUCGGCUCUAUCUGUGGAUACCUUGGAUUUCGGCUGUACCAUUUACCGACCGGCCAGGGUGCAGGACGAUCGUGGGGCCCGAGGGGCCGAGAUCGAGCUUUUGGGAUCAAAAUUGGCGUGUUGAGCUACGCAGGAGCCGCCGAAGAUGAAAGGCGCACAGAGGACAUUGAAAUUGGACAUGCCAGUCACUAG